AUCAUAUGCUGAUUUAAAUCCAGGGCAUUUUAGUUCAUUCAACUCUCAAAAGUCUUAAUUUUACACAAAAAAAUUAAGAAUCAUAUUUUUGCAAAGUUCUUUAUCGACCGUCCUAUUUUUGCAAAUUUCCUAUAUUCUAAGUUGAUUCACGAAAUCUCAUAAAUUUAAACCCUAAAAUCAUUUGCUGGGGUUUUAGGUUUGGGGCAUUUGAUGAUCGAAGGAAAGCUUCAGCAUAGAGCGCAAUUGGAUGGAUUCGUCGCUGGCAUCGUCACUGAGGAAGGAGAUGGGCGGUCCAGCAGAGGAUGUAGUGCAGGCAUUGUUGGAUUAUUUGCUUGAUCCCGUCUUACCCUUUAAGUCCAUUGCUCAUGUGGUUCCUUCACUUUCUGAACAACAAUUGGUCUCCAAACAGGUGCUUGCUUUAGUGUUACUCUACAACUACUACCAGAGAAAACGCCAUUUAGAAGUAGAGUUUUUAGGUUUUGAGUCCUUCUGCAAGUUGGCUGUAAUAUUGAAACCAGCUUUGAUAGGAUACAUGAAACUCAUGCACAGAUCUGAUUAUGUGGAGUUGGAUGACCUAGAAGAUCAUCUUUCAAUGACGGAGAAAGCAGUCAUGAAUGCAUGUGAUAUAGCUUUAAGUCUUGAUGCCUCUAAAGAUGCUCCAAGCAUAGAGGGAUGGCCUGCUACCAAAGCUGCAAUUUUAUUAACUGAUUCCAGUGGAGAUAAUUGCUUGCUGCAAUUUAGUUCCAUCACCCAUGGGGUUUGGUCGCUCAUAGAAAAAGAGCUUGAUGUCUCAAGUCAGGGAAAACACACAAACAAUCGUAAAAGGAACAUGAGAAAACCAUUGAGAGAUGAAGUCAAGACUGAUAAAGGUGCUUUUGAGCAGCUUGUCCUCUCAGCAGUAAAGGAAGUGACAGGGAUCAAUCAAAGUGAUCUUUUGAUUUUGGAGAGCCAUUGUGUGUACGCCUUAAACAAAGAAAAAGAAGCUGCUCACUUUUAUAUAAUACAAUGUACCAAAUCAUUCAUUGAGGGUACUCAAUUACCUGUUAAAGAUGUUAUUGAGAGUUUGCAAGGCCCUUUGGUUAGACGGAGUUCCCGCUGUUGGACAGUAACCCCAGUUGUUCAGUAUUUUCACAUGCUUCCUUAUGCUGGUGUCUUGACAGAGUGGUAUUCUAGAAAAUGUUGCAGGAAAGUGUUCUCAAAUAGUUUGGGAGAUUUGAGGGUGAAGUUACAAGAUGCAGAUGCCAAACACUCUCAGACUAUUGCCAACCUUUGUGACAAAGUUGCUACUGAAGGCACAGAUGAUUUUGAAAAAAAUAUUAAUGGGCCAAAUUCUGUAAACAAAAAAGGUAGCAAAAUUAUUACUGAAUCUUUGAGAAAGGGGGAUUGUGACACAAGUGCGAUGGAUGUUGAUGAUUCUGCUACAGUCAACCACCAGAAUGAGAACAGAAGCAAGAGUAAAUGUAACCUCACAAAAUUUUACCAUUAUCAACGAAGGAUGAGUACAUCUGCUGAUAGUACUAUACUUGCCAAGGGAAGUUGUUUCAAGGUGGAGAUGGGUGACUCUGUGAAAACUUCUUGUGUUUCUAAGUUCAGAGAUGAAAAGGCAGAUGCUGUAAACAAGAGCAUGACAUUGUCCAGUCAAGAUGAACUGCCAAUAAGAGAUCGUGCACUGAUUCCUUUCAAACUGAGCUCUAAACAUUUAGAGAAGUUAGAAGUUACUCUGACUUCAAAGGAAAAUGCAUUGCAACAGGCUGCCUUGAGAUUUCUUCUCAAUAAGCGAACCAAAUUGUCUUGCCAACUACGAGAUCUAGAAGCUGACAUUGUUGCAUGUGACAGAAGUAUCCAGACAAUUUCAGAUGGAGUUGCAGAUGACUUGGCUCUAAAGAUAGAGGCAAUUAUAGAUGAAUAUAGUGAUGUAUUCCUGAAAGUUGAAACUGAGACGCAAGAAAAGACUUGUCAAUAUAUUGAAAGCCAAGGUUCAUCCCAGCGUAGGGGUAAGAGAUUGUCUGAAGCUGUUCUCACUUUACCAAAUUCUUCUCAGUGGGAAUUGGAUAAUAUAUGCUACGAGAACAAUUGGACAUUACCAACAUAUCAUGUAUCCCCUGCAGAUGGUGGUUUCCAAGCCAGUGUAAGUGUGGCAGGAGAGAAAUUUCAGCUUUCAGCAGGAAGCCACAUGAAAACUAGUCCUCGUUUAGCAAGAGAAUCAGCUGCUGCUGAAUUGAUUGCCAAACUACAAAGCCAGGCCCAGGGUGGGGGUGGGGCCUGUAGUUCCUGAUCACUGAUCAUUCUUCAAACAAAAUAAUGCUUCUGCAGUUGUGCAUAUUUAGCUAUUAGAAUGUCAUCCUAAGACUUAAGACUAAGACCCCAUCACCAUCAUGGUGGUGCCUUUCGUGUUAAAAUAUUUGCAAUGUUAUGUUUGGAACUUCAA